CCAUUAAGUGGCAGUAAUGCACUUAGAGGUUUCUUGCCAACCAACACAAAACACUCAAAGGAAGAAGAAGAAGAAGAAGAAGAAGAAGAAGAAGAAAAAGAAGAAGAAGAAAACGAAGAAGAAAAAAAUCACGAAGAAGACGAUGAUGGCGGACAUUAGUAGAAACGUGGAGGAAGUUCGUAAUCGAAUUAUUUUAGAAGAGUUUUGCGUGAGAAAUGUCCAUACAACUGAUUUCCCUGGAAACUACCCCGGCUAUGACGACACUUGGGAUAUGCAGACAUUCCAAAAGAGCUUCAGAAUUGAUGUUGCACAGCUGACUGAGAACUUGAUGGAGUUUGACAUGGUGGGAAUCGAUGCAGCUAUUGCCAAUGCCUUCAGAAGGAUCCUACUUGCAGAGGUCCCCACCAUGGCUAUUGAAAAGGUUUUUAUUUAUAACAACACAUCUAUCGUCCAAGAUGAAGUGCUGGCACAGAGAUUAGGGCUCAUCCCCAUCAAAGCUGACCCCUUUCUGUUUGAGUACAGAAGUACUGAUGAGUCUGCGGAGGAGGAAGUUUCAGAAAUAGACACAAUUCAACUAUCCCUUAAGAUUAAAUGUAACAGGAACGCUCGAGCCAGCAAAGAUUCCUCUGAUCCACAGGAACUCUAUUUAAACAACAAAGCCUCUUCCUCCAGCUCUUCCGAGGGGAAGACCGUUACCAGCCCCGAGGCGUUACCAGUCAAGCCGAGAGACGUCGUCUCUCCAGUGUAUCCUGGGUCGUCCCCGGGGUCUCCUCCCGGUGGAACGUGCCCGGAACACCUCACCAGGGAGGCGUCCAGGAGGCAUCCUAAACAGAUGCCCGAGGCACCUCAUCUGGCUCCUUUCAAUGCAGAGGAGCAGCGGCUCUACUCUGAGCCUUUCUGCGAGCCGCUCCAGUGAGAGUUGGAGAUCACUGCCUCAUGAAGCCAACAGAACCACAUAAUCGGCAAAGAUGCAAUACUGAGGCCACCAAACUAGACACCCUCUACGCUGCGCCUAGAAAUUCUGUCCAUAAAAGUUAUAAACAGAAUCGGUGACAAAGGGCCUUACUGGAAACGAGUCCGACUUACUGCCGGCAAUGCGUACCAAACUCUGACACCAGUGGUACAGGGACCGAACAGCCCAUAUCAGGGGAUUCGGUACCCCAUACUCCUGAAGCACCCCCCACAGGACUCCACAAAGGACACUGUUGAACGCCUUCCACAAAAGUCCACAAAACACAUGUAGACUGGUUGGGCGAACUUCCAUGCACCCUCAAUGCCCUAUGACCGUCUCGCCUUACCCCCACCCGUUUCUCCAAUUUUAAUGCACUACACCCUUACCACAUACAAUCACGGUACAGGGAUAAUGGUUGCCAGUCGGGGACCUGGUAACCAUCGUAAUAGGGUGGGUGGUGGGCUUUCACAUUUCUCUUGGCUUGACUCCUGGAGCCUGUGCAUCCCUCCCCUUCGGUUGUUGAGCCGCGGAGAGAUGGUGUCCGCCCCCCUAUGGGCCCUGCCUUCCUGCCCCCUUUCUUGGUGCCCUCACCCGUCCUUGCUCACGACCGGCGCUUAACCUGGGCUCGCUCUGGCGGGCUAUGACUGUUUUUGGGUGGUGGCUGGGGCCCCCAUGC